AUGGCUGACCUGGACCGUAUCUGCGAUACCUUGUUGAGCCAGCGGUCUCUCAUAUUAGCCAGCAACCGGGGACCGGUAGAGCAUUACGUUGCCCCGGACGGCAGGGCCGAAGCGCGGAGAGGCAGCGGAGGCAUUGUAACCGCGUUAAACUCCCUGGCGCAGACCGCCCAAUUCACCUGGAUCGCCAGCGCCAUGGGUGAGGGCGACCGGUUGAUUGCCGGGUCCUCUCAAGGCUCCAGCUACAGAUCCCCUCUUCCGGGCCACAAGAUUGACUUAAGGUACGUUGUCACUCCCCGACGCGUGUAUCACAAGUAUUACAACGUACUGUGCAAUCCUCUCCUCUGGUUCCUGCAGCACUACAUGUGGAACCCUCCCUACAACCCAAAUGUGGAUGCCAGUGUACAUGAUGCCUGGCAAGGCGGUUACGUGCCGGUGAACCAGGCCUUCGCCCGUGCCGUGGUUGACCAGGCACAGAGUAACGAAAUGCCUCCGGUGGUUAUCGGGCACGAUUACCAUCUUUACCUGUUGCCUGAAAUGGUGCGCCAGGAAAUCCCUGAUGCCCUGAUCCAGCACUUCAUUCACAUUCCGUGGCCGACACCCCGUUACUGGCAGAUGAUUCCGUCUUACAUCACCCGCCAGAUCUGCUCGUCGCUGGUGUGCGCAGAUAUAGUAGGUUUUCAGACGACCCAGGACCGGCAGAGUUUCCUCGACACAGUCGAGGAGUUCGUUCCCGGAGCAAAGGUAGACCGCAAUCAGCAUUCAAUACAGCGUGAAGACCUGACGACCUAUGUCAAGCUGUAUCCCCUUUCAAUCAACGUGGGGGAAGUCCAGCGCAUUUCCAACUCGCCCAGGGCGUUGGAACACGAGGAAAAGUUGAUGUCGGUGCGGGGCGGGAACACUACCAUCGUCCGCAUAGACCGGGCAGAGCCUAACAAGAACGUGGUGCGUGGGUUCCGUGCUUUUGAGCUUCUGCUGUCACGCCAUCCCGAAUUAAAGGGCAAGAUCAACUUCCUGGCCUUCCUGGUGCCGUCCCGCACCCAUAUCCGGCAGUACCAGCGCUACAUGGAAGAAAUCAACCAGUUGGUCGCGAAGAUAAAUGAGACCUUCGGGACCGAAGACUGGCAGCCUAUCACCACAUUUAUGGAGAACAACUACACCCAGGCUAUAGCCGGUAUGAAGUUGUAUGAUGUGUUGCUGGUGAACACUCUGAUGGAAGGGAUGAACCUGGUCGCCAAGGAAGGACCAGUAGUAAACACCAGAGACGGGGUAUUGGUGCUUUCCGAAACCAGCGGCGCCUUUGAGCAACUUGCGGAAGGAGCCCUACCUGUUUCUCCCACCGACGUGGAGGGAACCAUGGAAGCCCUUUACCAGGCGAUUAAUAUGGACCCCGAAGAACGGAAACGGAGGGCAUCCCUCCUGGCAGAAUCGGUCAACCGCGAAGACAUUAACGACUGGAUUUGCCGGCAGUUGAAAGACAUUUCCAGCUUGCCGCAACUCCAUCCCCAGGAGAACGUCAUUGAUUGA